AUGGAGCCCAGGGCAGAAGACUACUACGACAUGCCCGUCGACCUGUUGCCGUCGGCCAACUUUGCGGGCCGGCCCAUGAGUGACAUUAGCAUGCUCGAUGGGAUGUGGACAAUGAUCAUUUCAUCCUCGGACGAGGAGGAGGACGGUGAGGACAAUGUGAAAGGUCAGAUCACAUCAAGACUAAAUCUGCCGCAAGCAGCAGAGACGAAGGCAACCAGGCCAGGCAUACAGCCAGAGAUCAGGAUAUCGAGUUCAUCGAGCGAAGAUCUGAAAGCGCGGUUGAGGAGAUUGAGUGACGACGUCAAGAUCAUGGAGCGACCGCGACCGAGGAAGAAAAGUAAAGAUGACACGAGAGCAGGUGGAAGCAUCGAGAGAAAGUUCAAUGAUGCCGAACUCCCUCCACCUUGGAGGCCGCUGCCACCUGUACCUGAACAAAGAGGUGCGAGUAAUAGUAGUAGUCGCUUUGAGGUUCAAAAGACAUCUGACUUUCCCGGCUCUAUCUCGCAAAAGUUGCGCGUGCAAAAGACGUUGCGGCAGAAAAAGAUGGGCACCCUGAAAACGCAUCCUCUGGAACGCGAUGCAAGACGAGCGCCCAAUUCGGCGAAUUCCAUGUUGAAAACCCCUCGUGAACUCUAUGCGAUUCCGGAGAGACAGGCCACGCACGGUGAAGAGCGCGACCCACAAGUUAUACAUGAUGCGCCCUCGGAAGGGAUCGAUCCGCAUUCUUGGACACGAAGAUCAACACGGGCGAUAUCCCCAGCCAAUACUGUGGCUGCGUCACCGUCGCCAGUGCAAGCAAGCGCUCCUCUCGGUGAUACCCAAGAGAUCAAAGUUGCGAUCCAAAGGAUAUACGAGCCAGGACCCAUCCAUCUUCAAGAACAUGCAGCGAUGCACCGACGAGAUUCGGUCGCUAGCCUGGAUGAGUUUGAUGGUGCACAAGACAAAACACAAGAAUCUGCCGACAGGACUGCGGAGGAGGCCGUCAUCCUGUUCUUUGCAGAUCUUGGCGUGGUGGACGAGGUUACCGAUGCCAGCCUGGACAGAUACUGGCUCGGACCUAGUCGAAGAUACAGCGUGGACUACUCCUACUGCCAUGAGCCAGAUGAGUCGUGGCGCAGGCCCAGCAACACAAGUGUGACAGAAACAAGAGCCGUGAGUCCUUCUGCCCGUGUGGCGCACAGCCUCGACGGUGAGGGCGACGGCGACGGCUCGAGGUUCUCGUCUUCCUCCACGUCAUCCAAUACAUACUCGCCCCCGGCGAACAAGAGCGCACGGACCAGGCUAGGCAGGCUACUAUCGCCAGCGCUUCCUGGGACAGCCUUCUUGAGGGCCCCUGCCAUUUUCGAAAAGCAGGCAAAGAGAUGGCAGGCUAGAAAUGAGGGAGGGUAG